AUGUCUCUCUUCUUCAAAGCUCCUCUAGAUAUUGAGAUUAGACUAGAUAAUGAAGGAUCCCGCAAGCAUGUGGAUAUCCAAUCCGUCCAGGGCCGUACUGAGUCGUUGCCUCUCUACAAAGACGGUGAAUCCGUCAAAGGAAAUGUUACCGUGAGAACCAGAGAGGGUAAGCGGGUAGAACACAUCGGUAUCAAAGUUCAAUUGCUUGGUUCCAUAGAGUCGUCGCUCGACACCAUAUCAUCGUCGGACUUCUUGUCGUUGGCAACAGAAUUGGCUGCUCCGCUGUUGAUUUCCCACCCCGAAUCGUACCCUUUUGAGUUCCGAAACGUGGAGAAGCAGUACGAAAGUUAUAGAGGGAAGAAUGUGCGCUUGCGCUAUUACGUCCGGGUACUGGUGUCUCGUAAGAAUAAGUCUGACAUUACCCGAGAGAAGGAGAUUUGGGUGUAUCAAUAUGCUACGCCUCAACCGCCACUGGAUGUGGUUGCACCAGCUAGCACCACUGUCAAGAUGGAUGUGGGUAUCGAGCAUUGUUUACAUAUUGAGUUCGAGUACCUGAAGCCGCGGUUCUCCCUCAAGGAGGUGAUUGUGGGACGGAUAUACUUUUUAUUGGUUAGACUUAAGAUCAAGCACAUGGAGCUCUCUUUGAUUCGCCGCGAGACGGUAGGAUCUCCGCCCAAUCAAGUUGUUGAUAGCGAGACCAUGGUCAAGUUUGAAAUCAUGGACGGAGCACCAGUGAAGGGUGAGAGUAUACCCAUUCGUUUAUUCUUGGGAGGAUACAAUCUUACUCCCACGUACAAGGAGGUGAACAAGAAGUUUUCCACGCGUACUUACUUGUCGUUGGUAUUGAUUGAUGAGGACGCCCGGAGGUACUUCAAGCAAAGCGAGAUCAUUUUAUAUCGAGACGAAUAA